UUGGACCCUUCAGGGAUAUUGUCACAGGAAUGUCACUCUAAGAAGUUCCAAAGAUUUGGAAGUUCUUAUAUUGCAGCUUCAUACGUGAAGUUUUUGGAAUCUGCCGGUGCCCGAGUUGUGCCAAUAAGAUUAAAUCUUUCAGAUGAAGAAUAUGAUAAAAUAUUCCACUCUAUUAAUGGGGUACUUUUGCCAGGAGGUGGUGCGGAUCUUAGGACUUCAGAAUAUGCCAGGGUUGCUAAGAUAUUUUACCACAAGGCAUUAGAGGCUAACGAUAAAGGAGAUUAUUUCCCAGUAUGGGGAACAUGUCUUGGACACGAAGAGCUUACGUAUCUCACAAGUGGCGAACUUUUACUUGUUAAUACCAAGACACAAGGUUUUGCACUCCCUCUGAACUUUACCUCAGCUGCAAAAGACAGUAGAUUAUUCAAGAAUUUCCCUGAUGAUGUCUUACAUGCACUUGGUACUGAGCCAGUGACAUCAAACUUUCAUAUGUGGAGCCUCUCCAUGGAGAAUUUCACAAAGAAUGAAAAGCUUCAUAACUUCUAUAAAGUUCUGACCACUAACACCGCUGAUGAAGUGGAGUUUAUAUCUACCAUGGAAGGUAGGGAAAUGAAUUUCCUUUGUGAACGGUGACUGUAACAAACUAGUUCUUUAGA